GAGGCAGACAGAGACAGCAGACUCAGGAAACAAAUUCAGCUGAGGGAUGCGUCUGAGAGAAAGAUGCAGAGCAGAGCUUUCUGACAUGGUGCCGACUCAAACUGACAGAGACGAGGACAGAGUGGACUGUUCAGUGGCAGACACGUCUCCAACCAGACACAGGUAUUCUCUACCCGAUAUUAAGAUCAGUCAAUAUAUUGACCCCUGAAGCAAUCAUCAAUAUUGUGCUAUCCUCUCUUGUUUCUGUAAAUCCUCUUGUUAUGCGCCUGUGGAGCUGUAAUGUUAAAUAGCCAUUUGGUUUGUAAUUUGAUUUCAAUUAUUGUUGCUUCAUUGAUCUUUUGCUCAGCUUAAAAAAGGGACAAAAAAAGCGGGAUCCAGUCAUAAAAUAUCUGUUCAACGUGCAUUUUUUAACUAACAAGCAAUACCUUUUAACUUCUGAAAGACCAGAUUUAUGUGAAGGCUAAUUUAGUAAUAACACAAAGUAAGAUACCAAGAAACUGCAUCCUGUCUAAAGUAACUCACAGAUAAAUCUGCCAACUGUUGUUUACAGCAAAUGUGUUGUAUUUGAUUUAUGCGUCAUUAUUGUUCUUGAUUUAGAGCAACAGAUGAACUGAAAGCCAUACAGAGAAGAACUCAACUAUCACAAGCCAUAACCAUCGUAGACAAUAAUCCUCACUGGUGUUAAUCACGAUACAACUGCUGGAAGAAAAAGAAUCCUGUGCUUCUCUUGUGAGCGUGUCAGUCAGACACUUUGUGUUACUGUGGUAGAAAUGUGUAGGUCUUGUCCAAAGACAAACUACAGGGAGGAGGAGGAGACAGACAUUUUGCCUGUCAGAGUCUGAAAGGAGGAGCAUCAGGCCAACAAACAGUGUGGACUGACAGAAACUGCAAGUGCUUCCUAAAUCAGAGGGAAAAAGGGGUCAUCCCACUGUCAGAUACCAGAACAGACAAAGACGGAGCAUGAGUAGAAGCAGUGAAGCCACAGCUGAACUUACUCAUUGAUUUUUACUAAAACUGACUGCUUUACCCACCUGGGCCGUACAUACUGUAGGUGCGUCACAGAGGUAAAUAGAAAAUAACCUCAUCCAUAAGAAGGAGCGAGCAAUAGGCAGAGAGAGAGGCAGAGAGCAGGGGAGAUCCCCUUUGUCUCUCUCCAUCCGUGUCGUCGUCAGGCUGGCUGGCACAGCCAUGGCGUUCACCUUUGCGGCCUUCUGCUACAUGCUCACCUUGGUGCUGUGCGCUGCUCUCAUCUUCUUUGUCAUUUGGCAGAUCAUUGCUUUUGAUGAGCUGCGCACAGACUUCAAAAACCCGAUUGAUCAGAGCAAUCCCACCAGAGCGAGAGAAAGGAUUCUGAAUAUUGAAAGAAUCUGCAACCUUCUUCGCAGAUUGGUGGUACCAGAGUACUCCAUCCAUGGGCUCUUCUGCCUGAUGUUCAUGUGCGCUGGAGAGUGGGUCACACUCGGCCUAAAUAUUCCGCUGCUCUUCUACCAUCUGUGGAGGUUUUUUCAUCGGCCGAGGGAUGGGUCCGAGGUCAUGUAUGAUCCAGUCAGUGUCAUGAACGCAGACAUCCUCAAUUACUGUCAGAAGGAAUCCUGGUGUAAGAUGGGAUUUUAUCUGCUCUCCUUCUUCUAUUAUCUCUACAGUAUGGUCUACGCCUUGGUGAGCUUCUAACAAGCCAAGGAUCUGGAGAAAAAAGAAAAAUCUAAGACACAAAGGAAUGAACAGAGACAUCAACCUGUCCUUUCUACAUGUAUUAUCCCCAUCACUUUGGUUUGGGUUUAACAGUAUUACCACGGACAAACGACUGUAAGAAUUAGAGUGAUAAUUUGAAUGUAAAGGUGUUGCCUCCGCUCAGUUCUAUUGCUUUCCUCAGAUACUGCUGGACAAAGCUCUGAAGGCUUGAGACAGAAAAGAGGACUCAGUCAGUUGUUUGUGUUGCCUUUGACCCACUACAUGAAUUAACAAUAUUUCUGAAGGGCUGGAGAUUUCCCAUGCUGCUCUUACUGAUUCAGUUGCUAAACUCACUGUGAAUCUCCAAACACUUUAGGGGCUGGAAAAACAAAAUGAUACGUCUGUAUUCUGUGACUUUGAACAUCUUCUGAAAGCAGGAGUUUUGGUAUUUCAAUUCAUUCAAGAUGAUAGAUGCCUCUGAUAUCAAACCACUGCUUUGAUUGUGUUUGAGAUAUGAAAAAAAAAAAAAAAAACUGUAUGAAACAGGUUGAAAUGAACUGCCUCCUGUAAGAAAUCUAAGAGACUUGGCAGGGAAAUUACAGAGUAGACACAUAAAACAUAUUCCAACUUGACAUUCCCUUACGCCAGCCUCUGACAACAUUACAUUUUCACACUUUUAUAAAAUAAAUAAACAUAAAAUAAAAAAGGAAUUGAUCUUAGAUUUGACUUAAGGGUCAGUGCUUGUAAUGUGUCCAUCGCUGUAGGGACGUAUGUGACGCUACAUGUUAGGUUCAUGCUUUUCCAAAGGGCAUCAAGCUCAAACAUAUAAUAAAAAAGUUCACUUCUGAAAAACACUGUGCCAAAUAAAAAUUAAAAGAAAAAAAAAAAAAUCAGUGGUGAAAACAGAAGCGAGCAGAGACUGGACAGUUUGCCUACUGUUAGUGCUGGCACAAUGUUUUUUAAUCUAACUUUUUGACAAUUGCUGUUGUAUUUUUUAGUGUACAGGGAGCACCUUAUUCCUAUUUCCAGUGAAGUUUACUCUUACUCAUCUGCAUUUAUACUGUAGUCAUUUUAGCACAGCAACAUUUCUCUGAUUCAAGGUAGAAUUCUAAGAUCUAAUGUACAAAAAGCAAUUAAAACAGCAAACUAGCAAUGUUAUUCCACUCAUAAAACAUAUCGACGCAGUGUUAUUCAGUAAUAACAGGAGCGGGACACAACUGGCAACGGUUUCAGUUUGGAAAGACAGUUCAGUCGUCUGGAAGUGUUCAGAUAAAAGGGACAGAUGGAAGUCUUCAUGACGACGGAGACUUGUCAUCAUCCAUGUUUUCAUUAAUUUGACCUGUUAGUUCAUACGUGAUGGUUCAAAUGUGUGAUUUUAACAUCAAUGGAAAAACAGAAACUCUGGACAACAAACUGUGAUGUUUGCAAGUCCUGAGUAGGUCCAUGUGUGGUAAAUGAUGGUGAAGACACAUCUGGUAUAUUAGCUGUCGCACUCAUUUAGGAAGAACACUUCAGUACUGCAGCCUAUUAUUAAAGACAUUUUUUAAAUUAUGUGCUCACAUUCACAUUGAAAAUUCACACUUGAAGAUUAGUUUAUCAAUCAUUAAUUUCAUUUGUGCCCAAAACUAUCACUUAAAAAUGUAGAAAUACAACAUUUGUAUGUAUUCCAGUUGAAUUUUCCUCUAUUACAAUUCUUUUCUAUUGAUACAGUACAUCAACAAAGGGUCAGGCUGGUAUUAUUUUUGCAUACUGACAACAAAUCCCACGGAAAAAACUAAGGUAAAGCCAACAAUGUGUUAUUGUCUAGUAUUGUCUUUGAAAGCUUGACAG